ACAACUGCAGCACCAACAACCACAACUGCAGCACCAACAACAACUUCAGCAGUACCAACAACCACAACUGCUGUCCCCACAACAACCACUGCAGCUCCAACA